AUGUCUAACGAUGGGAAUGUGUCUGUCUCCAGGCUACAAUUGGAAUGUGUCUAACUCUCUCUCUCUCCCCCCCCCCCCCCCCCUUCUCUCUGUCUCUGCAGUCCAGCUGUUGAAAUCGUCAGAGCUGGGUCGCCACAGUCUACUCUAUGUGGAGGAGAUAGGACAUGGUUGGUUUGGCAAGGUGAGCUGCACCCCGGAUCAUCUUCUUAACACAUAGUAACGACACAGAAACCAGUCCUCCCAAAGUCUGUAGCUGGGUUCUGAUUCGCUACCCUUCUUCCUGAAGUAUGCACUAGCUAGCUCACUUCCCCUCAGGGAUGUACAGUAAAUGCAUUGUUUAAGAAUGGACCAGCUAGAGGGAGGUUUCACAAUGUGUUAUACCAGUCCAUUGUGGGUUCGAUUCCCAUGGGGGAACAGUACAAAAAAGUAUGAAAAUGUAUGCACUCACUACUGUAAGUCGCUCUGGAUAAGAGUGUCUGCUAAAUGACUGGAAAUGUCAAAUGUUUUGAGUGAACGAGUGUACACUUUGGGGAUAAUAAGGCUAAAGAGUGGAACAAGACAGCAGCCUGUGUCUUUGCACCCUCCUCCCUCCCUCUUUCCCUGUCUCCUGUAUCUUCCCUCUCUACUAUAUCCUCCCUCUCUCCUAUAUCUUCCCUCUCUCCUGUAUCUUCCCUCUUCCUAUAUCCUCCCUCUCUCCUAUAUCCUCCCUCUCUCCUAUAUCCUCCCUCUCUCCUAUAUCUUCCCUCUCUCCUAUAUCUUCCCUCUCUCCUAUAUCUUCCCUCUCUCCUAUAUCUUCCCUCUCUCCUUUGUCCUCCCUCUCUCCUAUAUCCUCCCUCUCUCCUAUAUCCUCCCUCUCUACUAUAUCUUCCCUCUCUCCUAUAUCUUCCCUCUCUCCUAUGUCCUCCCGCUUUCCCCCAUGUUAUUGUCAGCAUCCCAAAUGGCACCCUAUUCCCUAUAUAUUGCACUACUUUGGGCCAAAUCCUUAUGGGCCCUGGUCAAAAGUAGUGCACUAUAUAGGGGAUAGGGUGCCAUUUGAGACACACUACUGUGUGCUGUGAGGUAGUGUGUGUGGAAUGUGUAUGUCAUGUGGUGUUGAUCUUGUUAGGGCCAAAACCUGACCUACAGCCUUGUCUGUCUGAGCACUGUGACUAUCUACAUGUCACACUGAAUUCCAUUUAAUCUGCAUUGCUUCCUGGGCCAAACCAUUUUAGUUAGUGCUGCACUGUACGUUGUGCUCUGGCUAUCUGUCUCUCUGUCUCUCUGUCUUUCUGUGUGUGUGUGUGUGUGUGUGUGUGUGUGUGUGUGUGUGUGUGUGUGUGUGUGUGUGUGUGUGUGUGUGUGUGUGUGUGUGUGUGUGUGUGUGUGUGUCCGUCUGUCUCUCUGUCUAUGUCUCUGUGGGUCCUGUGUAGGUUCUCCUGGGGGAGGUGAAUGCAGGUAUCAGGUAGUGGUUAAGGAACUGAUCUCUGUCUCUCUGACUGUGUCUCUGUGGGUCCUGUAUAGGUUCUCCUGGGGGAGGUGAAUGCAGGGCUCAGUGCCACCCAGGUGGUGGUCAAGGAGCUGAAGGCCAGUGCCAGUGUCCAGGACCAGAUGCACUUCCUGGAGGAGGCACAGCCAUACCGGUCAGAACCAAAACAAUAUGGAUCUCAUACCCUGUGUACCCCCCCCCCCCCCCCCCACACUACCCAGUACAAUGAAUGAAUGAAUAAAUGGGUGAAUGAAUGGAUAUAUCAAUGGAUAAAUCAAUGAAUUAAUUAAUGGAUAAAUGAAUGAAUUAAUUAAUUGAUAAAUGAAUGAAUGGGUGGGUGGGUGAGUUAAUGAAUGGGUGAAUUAACGAAUGAAUGGAUAAAUGAAUGAAUGAAUGGCUAUACAUGGUUAUCCUGCUACCUGUUUCCAUGUGUUCUGAUUGUAUGUUCACUAUAAACUGUGACUGUAAACGUGACUGUUGAACUAUGACCCAUCUCCUCUACCUCCCCCCUUCCCCCAGUGUCCUCCAGAACCCAGCCCUACUGCAGUGCCUGGCACAGUGCUCAGAAGUCACACCCUACCUACUAAUCAUGGAGUUCUGUCCUCUGGUGAGAGAAACAUCCCCUAGCCCCCUAACCCCCUAACCCCUAACCCCCAUCUCAGAGGUCACACCCUACCUGCUAUAUGGAGUUCUGUCCUCUGGUGAGAUGGAUACUUGCUCCCCCUGUUGGUGGAAUACAGUAUUGUUACAGCCAGUGACAAUCUGCUCUGUACCCUUUCCUCUGGGCCCCAUCUCUUCUAAGUUUGCAGAAGGUUCUGGAUAGGUAGACGCAGAGCUUCCACCAUAUUGCUAACACCUUACAGAUCAGAGCUUCCACCAUACUGCUAAUACCUUACAGAUCAGAGCUUCCACCAUACUGCUAAUACCUUACAGAUCAGAGCUUCCACCAUAUUGCUAACACCUUACAGAUCAGAGCUUCCACCAUACCGCUAUCAGUUUACAGAUCAGAGCUUCCACCAUACUGCUAACACCUUACAGAUCAGAGCUUCCACCAUACUGCUAAUACCUUACAGAUCAGAGCUUCCACCAUAUUGCUAACACCUUACAGAUCAGAGCUUCCACCAUACCGCUAUCAGCUUACAGAUCAGAGCUUCCACCAUACUGCUAACACCUUACAGAUCAGAGCUUCCACCAUACUGCUAACACCUUACAGAUCAGAGCUUCCACCAUACCGCUAUCAGCUUACAGAUCAGAGCUUCCACCAUACUGCUAACACCUUAAGGAUCAGCAAACAUAAUAAUAAUAUAAUAUUUAGCAGACGCUUUCAUCCAAAGCGACUUACAGUCAUGUGUGCAUACAUUUUUUUUACGUAUGGGUGGUCCCGGGGAUCGAACCCACUACCCUGGCAUUACAAGCGCCAUGCUCUACCAAUUGAGCUACAGAGGACCACAAAAUAGAAGGUGAAGUGGAUGAGAGCAAGUUGGGAUGGGCUAUUAUACAUGCAUACAUUACAAACAUAUGUUGUGUGCAUCCCAAAUGGCAUCCUAUAUUCGUAUAUACUGCACAACUAUAUAGUGCACUAGGGAAUAUGGUGCCAUAGAAUGCCUAAUCAUUUUAUGACAUCACUUCCUGUCCUGGUCAUCAGGGCGACCUGAAGAGUUACCUGCGCAGCUGUCGGGCGGCUAACUCCGUGACCCCUGAUCCCCUGACCCUCCAGCGAAUGGCAUGUGAGAUCGCCUCGGGCCUGCUGCACCUGCACAAACACAACUUCAUUCACAGGUGGGUUAGUGGACACCUGCACAAACACAACUUCAUUCACAGGUGGGUUAGUGGACACCUGCACAAACACAACUUAUUCACAGGUGGGUUAGUGGACACCUGCACAAACACAACUUAUUCACAGGUGGGUUAGUGGACACCUGCACAAACACAACUUAUUCACAGGUGGGUUAGUGGACACCUGCACAAACACAACUUAUUCACAGGUGGGUUAGUGGACACCUGCACAAACACAACUUAUUCACAGGUGGGUUAGUGGACACCUGCACAAACACAACUUAUUCACAGGUGGGUUAGUGGACACCUGCACAAACACAACUUCAUUCACAGGUGGGUUAGUGGACACCUGCACAAACACAACUUCAUUCACAGGUGGGUUAGUGGACACCUGCACAAACACAACUUCAUUCACAGGUGGGUUAGUGGACACCGGGACAAACAGGUACAGGUAGUGUGUCCCAGGUCAACUUUUCCUUACGAACUCAAGUCCAAAUUUAGGCCCUGGAACAUAUCAAUCAUUCCAUAGCAAUAUUUUCAGAUAUGUUGUAUUGAAGAGCAACGAUAUACACUGUAUGUACGGUAGCAUACACUUGUGACAUAUGCCACAUUUAUUUACACAAAAGGCAGAAAACAGAUAGAGAGAACUGAAUCAGGAGGAUAAAGAGCAUUUUGAAGGAUCUAGUCUCACUCUGACAGACAUCACACCCUAGAUAGAACUAUGACUGUGAGUGGAGCUGGUCUGUCUCGAAAUGAUAUUGAGGAUAUUAUAUAAAUCAGAAUCUGUUCCUAAUUACCUUACCUGUUUAAAUAAAUGUUAAAUAAAAAUAUGAAAAUAUGUAAGGAUAUGACUGAAGCUGUGUUGCUCUGGAGUCCCCUGCUGGUCUGUCCCGGUAACAACAUCCUGGUGCUGCCUGAGUGACUCUCACAAACUCCAGCAUCAGUGAUUUUGUUGUCGGGGGGAACCCCUCUCUCCUUGUUACCAUGGUAGCAGCCAAUCAAUGUGCUGAGGAGCUGAUUAUAGGUAGAGUUAAGAUCAACAAAAUCUGGCUGCCUGUGGAGUAGUCGGAAAUAGCUACAGAGAAAACGAGAAAUCCACUUAGAUACAGUACUGGUGCAAUACUUUAUGCUAUUUAGUGGUAAAUGUUGUGAAGCAUAAUGUUUUCAUGUGGUACAAUACAUUCAAUGAUAAUGAUUGAAUGGAAUUGGUUUCUUGUGAUACAGUGUUAUUGCGAUCAGAGUAUUACAUAUUGUUUAGUCCGGUUUGGUGACUGGGUGGCAGGUAGCCUAGCAGUUAAGAGCAUUGGGCCAGUAACUGAAAGGUCGCUCGUUCAAAUCCCCGAGCAGACUAGGUGAAAAAUCUGUCAAUGUGCCCUUGAGCAAGGCACUUAACCCUAAUGGCUCCUGUAUGUCGCUCUGGAUAAGAGCGUCUGCUAAAUGACUAUAAUGUAAAAAUUUGACUAACUGUUCCUCUCUCUCCCCCUUACACCCAACAGUGACCUGGCCUUAAGGAACUGCCUUCUGACCUCAGAGAUGACAGUAAAGAUAGGAGACUAUGGCCUCUCACACAGCAAAUACAAGGUGAGUUUACAGUAAUAAACCAGUCUUGGUGAGUCUACUGUAUUAAACCAGUCUUAAUAAGUUUACAGUAAUAAACCAGUCUUAAUAAGUUUACAGUAAUAAACCAGUCUAGGUGAGUCUACAGUAAUAAACCAAUAUUGGUGAGUCUACAGUAAUAAACCAGUCUUGGUGAGUUUACAGUAAUAAACCAGUCUAGGUGAGUAUACAGUAAUAAACCAGUCUUAAUGAGUCUACAGUAAUAAACCAGUCUUGGUGAGUCUACAGUAAUAAACCAGUCUAGGUGAGUCUACAGUAAUAAACCAGUCUUGGUGAGUCUACAGUAAUAAACCAGUCUUGGUGAGUCUACAGUAAUAAACCAGUCUAGGUGAGUCUACAGUAAUAAACAAGUCUUGGUGAGUCUACAGUAAUAAACCAGUCUAGGUGAGUCUACAGUAAUAAACAAGUCUUGGUGAGUCUACAGUAAUAAACCAGUCUAGGUGAGUCUACAGUAAUAAACAAGUCUUGGUGAGUCUACAGUAAUAAACCAGUCUAGGUGAGUCUACAGUAAUAAACAAGUCUUGGUGAGUCUACAGUAAUAAACCAGUCUUAAUGAGUCUACAGUAAUAAACCAGUCUUAAUGAGUUUACAGUAAUAACCAGUCUAGGUGAGUCUACAGUAAUAAACCAGUCUUAAUGAGUUUACAGUAAUAACCAGUCUAGGUGAGUCUACAGUAAUAAACCAGUCUUGGUGAGUCUACAGUAAUAAACCAAUCUAGGUGAGUCUACAGUAAUAAACCAGUCUGGAUUUUUUUCUCCAUACUGAAUAGGGGGUGAGACAGAAUAAUAGUUUCCAUAGUAACAGAUAGACAAUAAAGUAGUAUUUCAAUCAACUUAUAUUCUGCUCUACUCUAUUCUACUCUACUCUACUCUGUAGGACUGACUCCAGACCAGAUCUGGGUGUUGUCUUAAUGUAUCUUAUAUAAACCCUCUUUCUGUAGGACUGACUCCAGACCAGAUCUGGGUGAAGUCUUAAUGUAUCUUAUAUAAACCCUCUCUCUGUAGGACUGACUCCAGAACAGAUCUGGGUGAAGUCUUAUUGUAUCUUAUAUAAACCCUCUCUCUGUAGGAUGACUACUUUGUGACUCCAGAACAGAUCUGGGUGUUGUCUUAAUGUAUCUUAUAUAAACUCUCUCUCUGUAGGAUGACUACUUUGUGACCCCAGACCAGAUCUGGGUGCCGCUGCGUUGGAUCGCCCCAGAGCUCAUAGACGAGGUGCAUGGUAACCUACUGGUGGUGGACCAGACCAAGGAUAGCAACGUCUGGUGAGCAGGGGGGAGGGGUCAGAGGUCAGGGUGUAGGUAUGAAUGGUAUCAGCACCAUACACAAUGGUUGACUCAGCCCCUAUGGUGUUAUUGUUAAGGUCAACGAUACAACUCUUCCCUUGAUUAUUAAACACAACCAAAUCUAGCCUGGUCCAAGAUCUGACUGACGGUGUUAUUAAUACAACUUUUCAACCAAAUCUAGCCUUGUCCCAGAUCUGACUGACAGUGUUAUUAAUACAACUUUUCAACCAAACCUAGCCUGGUCCAAGAUCUGACUGAUGGUGUUAUUGAUACAACCUUUCAACCAAACCUAGCCUGGUCCAAGAUCUGACUGACGGUGUUAUUGAUACAACUCUUCAACCAAACCUAGCCUGGUCCAAGAUCUGACUGACGGUGUUAUUAAUACAACUUUUCAACCAAACCUAGCCUGGUCCAAGAUCUGACUGACGGUGUUAUUAAUACAACUUUUCAACCAAACCUAGCCUGGUCCCAGAUCUGACUUAUGGUGUUAUUGAUACAACUCUUCAACCAAAUCUAGCCUGGUCCCAGUCUGUUUGUGGUCUUGCCAACUCCAUAGCUCAUUGUCAAUCCAGAUGUGGCAUGACAGUGAGGGACAAGGAGUUGUCAUGGCAGCACAAACAGACUGGGACUAAACAAAGGCUAAUCAAAACCUGCUAAAUCAAAUCAAACCUCUAUUGAAUAGGGCUAGGAGUUUUCCCUGCCCAAGAGCAACUCUGAGAUCUGAGUUUUUCCUAGUCAGGCACAUGGUCAGCUAUGAAGUUCCUCAUCUGAAGACGUUACUUCAUAGGUUUGUCUCUGUUCUAGGUCUCUGGGUGUGACUAUCUGGGAGUUGUUUGAGCUGGGGAACCAGCCGUACAGACACUACACUGACAGACAGGUCCUGACCUACGCUGUGAAGGAACAGCAGCUCAAACUGACCAAGCCCCGGCUCAAAGUACCCCUGGCUGAGCGCUGGUGAGUACACACACACAGAUACACACACAGACAAACACACGCAUGCACACAUACAGUACCAGUCAAAAGUUUGGACAGACCUACUCAUUCCAGGGUUUUUCUUUAUUUGUACUAUUUUCUACAUUGUAUAAUAAUAGUGAAGAUAUCAAAACUAUGUAAUCCAAAAAAGUGUUAAACAAAUCAAAAUAUAUUUUAUAUUUGAGAGUCUUCAAAGUAGCCACCCUUUGCCUUGAUGACAGCUUUGCACACUCUUGGCAUUCUCUGCACUAAUGCGCGCACACACACUCGCACAAGUGUACAAAUGCACGCGCACACGGGUGUCUACACAAGAUAUACCACAAUGCUUUGCUCAGUAACCAAUCAUUACUAGUCCCUAUCCUCAUAUCAACCAAUCAGUGCCUUUUAUACUGGCGCACUAACCAACCAUUAGUCUUCUUCUCCUGACAUGGGUUCAAAUCAAUACCUUGUUAAAAUGGCUAUAAGGCUCUCUUUUUGUCAGGACCAUAUAAUACAUAUUUCUCCCAUCCUGUUCGACCCCUCUGGCAUCUCACACGUACAGUACAAAGCACCUACGUAUUCAUCCUUCUCUGGACGUCUGACAAAUAGUGGUCCUUUUAUCAAGCAUGUUACUCAAACUUACUCUCUCUCUCUCCCCCUUCCUCCCUCCCUCCCCCCUCCCUCCCUGUGUCCCUCCCUGUGUCCCUCCCUGUGUCCCUCCCUGUGUCCCUCCCUCCCUCUGUCCCUCCCUCCCUCUCUCGCUCCCUCCCUCCCUCCCUCCCACUCUCCUCCCCCACCCCUCCCCAGGUAUGAAGUGAUGCAGUUCUGCUGGCUGCAGCCAGAGCAGAGACCCAACAGUGAGGAGGUACACCUCCUCCUCACCUACCUAUGUGCCAAGGGGGCCAGUGCGGUCCAGGAGGACUUUGAACAGCGCUGGAACUCCCUGAGACACAACCUGACUGGCAGCUCCACCCACAGCCACAACGCCCCAGCCCACACCACUGUCCCUGCCCCAGCCCGACCAACUAUCCCUGGGGAUGUGAAGUUGGAGCCGGCCUCCACCUCCCGCAACUCCUUCCCCCUUCUAGAACACUUCUCCCAGGACAGCUUCCACUCCGACAGCGGUGACGACAUCCUGACCGUGACAGAGACCAGCUACGGGGGGCUCAACUUUGAGUACAAGUGGGAGCAGGCGAGAGCCGAGCAGCCAUACUGUUCCUCAUCCACCAGCGGGCCUCUGGGCCAGGGCAACCCACACUACCAGGACGUAUACUACCCCGUCGGGAACACCUCGACCUCGGGCAGCUGUAAAGGGGAUGGAGGGGGUGGAGGGCUCACUCUGGAUGUCUCCCCAUCCUACUACGAGUCGGACCACUCCGGGUCAGGGUCAGGGUCGGGGGUAGGGGUGGUGCCGGUGUUGAGCGCCCACAGCCCUUCGGUCGGCAGUGAGUACUACAUCCGUAUUGAGGAGCCGGUGGAGUGUAAUAUCAACCUGGAUGGUAGUGUGGUGGACUACAGCCCCGGGUUGGAGGCUGAGGCUGGUAGCCUCUCCUCAGGGAGCAGGACCCCAAAGCCCCAGCCCCAGCCCCAGCCCCAGUCAAGUGCCAACUGGUCAGCAGCAGCAGCAGGCGACAGCAGCGGGGAUAAACACAGUACCAAUGACUCUGACAAUAGCCCGGCCGUGUCCCUGACCAUGGAGCCUCUACUGAGACAGACAGCCAGCACUGCCAGUCCUGUGGAGCUGGGGCGGUCCCAACAGUACUUCUCACCCAAUCAGAGACAGGCUUUCUACUGUGAGCAGUCGCCCAUUCGAGAGACGUGUUGCCAAUCACCAGAGGACACACCCAUAGCGUCCCAGCGGAACCUGCGUCAUCCAACGGGGAGGCUGGAAACCCCUCUGGGGGUGGGGUCCUCCCACUCCCAGUGCCUGAGUAGUCCUAGUCUGGGACACUGUGACCCCUAUCUCGAGGCUAGCCAAGGCUUCACCACCACAGCCAGGAGUACGGUUAGUGAAGGCUACUAUGACAUGAUGGCUCCCCUCAGAAAGACUCUACCCAUGGCUAACCAUAUUAGUAUCGAUGUGGUGACAGGCAACGGGGGACUUUUGGUGGGGGGCAGGAGAAGAGGAGAAGGGGACACUGGGGACAUCAACGAUGGUGACCUCUUCUCCGAGAGAGAAGCCACCAACUGGACCUCCAACCACUCGGCCAAUAACAACAGCAUGACCUUUGACCUUAGGCAGACGGGCCAAUCACAGGACAGCUAUCUGGACCUCCAUUACAUCAACACUGCAACACACUCCGCUACUGUAACAGACUCGUGGCCUGCUGCUACGGCUAACAGUAGCAACAUGCUCCAACACAGCUCCAGAGCCUUCGGCUACAUGGAGGCCACAGGGAGAGAGAGCGGCGUCUGCUCUUCCUCUAGCAGGCUCAGUGAGGGCAGUAGUGCUACUACAUAUAUUCACCUGUGCCACGGAGCUAGAGAUGAUCCUGUGUGUCUAGAUCAUCUAAGAGGUGUUCCUGUUGACUCUCUCUCCAGCUCUUCUGUUGCUGUCAAGAAUGUUAACCUCAAAGGUGGUGUUAAGGACUGCGUCCCCACAACCAAAACUACAACUACAGUGUCUGUAGUGGGACACAGUAAAACCCCAUCUCUGCUCACAGGAGAGAGGCAGUUCUCCCAUCCCAAGAUGAUCCCAGAACCAGGCUGUAUCCAAUCCCCAUCCACAUACAUGGAGCCUGACACUCGCACAGGCCUCAGCACUAAGGCAGUCCUGACAGAGAAACAGGGAGGUCAUGUUUGGGAGAUACCUUCACAUGUUAAAGACAUUAGAGGUCCAGUGGCGGUGAUGUCUGGUGGUGUGGGGGAGAGGAGGCUGGGGAUGGGGUUGGCCCACCCUGAAGGGGUACUGCUGGAGCCGGUCGGGUCCUUGUUUGAGGCUAGCAGAGGGCUGGACAGCGGGUUGGAGAUGGCCAGUCAUUCCAGCAUCAGCCAAGUGGACAUCAGCGACGAUGACAUCACAGACAUCACUUCUGGAAUCUUGGCCGAAUUUUCCCUGGACUAUGCUGACGAGGUCGGAGACGAUAUCAGCCCCGCCCACCACCGCCACGGACACUCCCUGCAGAACCCGGUGGGAACCUCCGACUCUGUGGACACCCUGAACAUGCUGUCGCUGUCGUCGUCGGUUACCGCAGCCAGCCCCUGUGAGGCCUUCAGCCUUGAUGACGUCUUUCUCCAUACCUCCUCCUCCCUCUCCUCCUCUUUCACUUCCUCUUCUUUCACUUCCUCAUCCCUCCUUCCCAAGUCCCUGGACAGCGGCUACGACACAGAGAACAAUGAAAGCCCAGAGUUCAUCCUAAAGGAGGGAGGUGGGAACGGGGAGUUCCUAUUGGACUGCGUAGGAAACCACCACCAACAACAACAACACCCAGUCCUCGGUGGGAGCCACCUCGCUCGCGGUGGGGUUUGCCUGGGGUCGAGAUCGGACGAGAUGGUCCUUCAGCAGGUGGACCUGGGUGAUGGGGUUGGGGUCUCUCUGUGUACCUCUUCCUCCUCUGGCUGCACUGAGCUGCAGCUGAAGGGAUUGAGUGACAAGAAUCCGUACAUGGACUCUGCCUACUUCUCUGACUACGACGCAGAGAACGAGAGGAGUCCCCAGGAUGAAGGGAGUAACUUCUUCUCCAGUCCAGGAGAUAAGCAGGUCUUUGUGGGGCACACAGCCUCGAAACAGACAAUAAGGUCUGUGGGGAGAGAUGAACUCCAACCACAGACGGAGAGAGAGGAUGGUUACCGUGACCUGACAGACCUGACAGGAAACAAAAACAGAAACACAAAUGGAGUGGUGGUGUUUGACACUACCACAGGUUCCCCUCCCCCCUCCUCUCCCUCUUCCUCGGCCCCCGGCCCGCGCCUCUCCAUGCUGGCCCCCUUCCCCCCUCAGAUGGGGGGCUGCCUGGCCAAAGAAUCAGCCCCUGACGAAGCUGUAGGCCUGGAGUCUGAGCACAGCGGAGAGGAGCCGGCAUCUGGGUGCAGCUCCACCAUGGUGUCUGAGGGUUCCUCCAUGGUGCAGGAGGCUUCAGCCAGACACCCCAACCAGGAGAACCAUCACAGGGCCUCAGAGGAUGACUACUCCCCCAUCCAGUCCCUGGGCUCCGACUCUACCAUAGACUACAGAGAGGAGGUGAAGAAAGAGAAGGAGGAGGAUGGGGAGGGAGAGGAGGACAUGCCAGAGUUUAAUCACGUCGACGAGGAUGGAGAGAAUGGAGAGAGAGGAGGAGAAGAGGAGGAGUAUGAGGAGGGGGAAGAAGAGGAGGAGGAAAAGGCGGGCUAUAGCGGACACCAGAACGGUCCUGUUGGCCUCCUCACCUCCUCUCCGUCGCUCCUCUCCUGCUCCCCCUCCCUCCAGGAGCUGUGUCGGGAGGUGGAGAGGCGAGCUCCUCUAACGGAGGGGGAGGAGGAGGAGUCAGAUGACAGUGAGUCAGACGAGGAGCUGCGGAGCUACAACCUGCAGGAGGAGCUGAGCGAGGAGGACAGUGAGGGGGAGGUAUAUUAUUGGUUGUUUUAUUCUUAUUCCCCAUUUUCCUACAUUAUUUGAUUAUAUUUUAAACCUGAGAUUCGCAAUAGGAGCAGCAGCGCCACUGGUCGCCCCAGGCACAUUUCUUAUCGUUUUAGUUUAGAGGAAAUGAGCAUCCAGCAUGGUGGUAAAACAGAAUGGUAGUACAUACUCUGCUGUUCUAUCGCACGUGCAAUGAUGUGCAAUGAUUUCAGAGAGGAAAAAAAUGGUGUUUAUUGUUUGAAGUAACCUCUUUUUUGUUGUAAUAUCGCAAACGGACCACAGGAGGCUGGUGGCACCUUAAUUGGGGAGGACGGGCUCAUGGUAAUGACUGGAGCAGAAUCAGAGGAAUGGUAUCAAAUACAUCAAACACAUGGUUUCCAGGUGUUUGAUGCCAUUCCAUUUGCUCCGUUCCAGACAUUAUUAUGAUCCGUCCUCCCCUCAGCAGCCUCCUGGGAAACGGAUGUGGCACUUUCACCGCUGUAGAUUCAAGCUUUAAUUAUGUAAAGCAGUGUUUCCAAACCUGGUCCUUAGGACCCAUUACAGUGGGGGAAAAAAGUAUUUAGUCAGCCACCAAUUGUGCAAGUUCUCCCACUUAAAAAGAUGAGAGAGGCCUGUAAUUUUCAUCAUAGGUACACGUCAACUAUGACAGACAAAAUGAGGAAAAAAAUUCUAGAAAAUCACAUUGUAGGAUUUUUUAUGAAUUUAUUUGCAAAUUAUGGUGGAAAAUAAGUAUUUGGUCAAUAACAAAAGUUUCUCAAUACUUUGUUAUAUACCCUUUGUUGGCAAUGACACCGGUCAAACGUUUUCUGUAAGUCUUCACAAGGUUUUCACACACUGUUGCUGGUAUUUUGGCCCAUUCCUCCAUGCAGAUCUCCUCUAGAGCAGUGAUGUUUUGGGGCUGUCGCUGGGCAACACAGACUUUCAACUCCCACCAAAGAUUUUCUAUGGGGUUGAGAUCUGGAGACUGUCUAGGCCAGUCCAGGACCUUGAAAUGCUUCUUACGAAGCCACUCCUUCGUUGCUUCAUGCUGAAAGACCCAGCCACGUUCCAUCUUCAAUGCCCUUGCUGAUGGAAGGAGGUUUUCACUCAAAAUCUCACGAUACAUGGCCCCAUUCAUUCUUUCCUUUACAUGGAUCAGUCGUCCUGGUCCCUUUGCAGAAAAACAGCCCCAAAGCAUGAUGUUUCCACCCCCAUGCUUCACAGUAGGUAUGGUGUUCUUUGGAUGUAACUCAGCAUUCUUUGUUCUCCAAACACGACGAGUUGAGUUUUUACCAAAAAGUUACAUUUUGGUUUCAUCUGACCAUAUGACAUUCUCCCAAUCCUCUUCUGGAUCAUCCAAAUGCACUCUAGCAAACUUCAGACGGGCCUGGACAUGUACUGGCUUAAGUAGGGGGACACGUCUGGCACUGCAGGAUUUGUGUCCCUGGCGGCGUAGUGUGUUACUGAUGGUAGGCUUUGUUACUUUGGUCCCAGCUCUCUGCAGGUCAUUCACUAGGUCCCCCCGUGUGGUUCUGGGAUUUUUGCUCACUGUUCUUGUGAUCAUUUUGACCCCACAGGGUGAGAUCUUGCGUGGAGCCCCAGAUCGAGGGAGAUUAUCAGUGGUCUUGUAUGUCUUCCAUUUCCUAAUAAUUGCUCCAACAGUUGAUUUCUUCAAACCAAGCUGCUUACCUAUUGCAGAUUCAGUCUUCCCAGCCUGGUGCAGGUCUAUAAUUUUGUUUCUGUCACGCCCUGGCUCUGGGGACUCUAGUAUGUUGAGCCAGGGUGUGAGUUUUCAUGUGUGUUGGUUCUAGUGUUUGUAUAUCUAUGUUGGCCAGGGUGGCUCCCAAUCAGAGACGGCUGUAGCUCGUUGUCUCUGAUUGGGAGUCAUACUUAGGUAGCCAUUAAUACAGGUAACGAGUGGAGGACAGAGGAGCCUCUUAAAGAAGAAGUUACAGGUCUGUGAGAGCCAGAAAUCUUGCUUGUUUGUAGGUGACCAAAUACUUAUUUUCCACCAUAAUUUGCAAAUAAAUAAAUUAAAAAUCCUACAAUGUGAUUUUCUGGAAAAACAUUUCUCAAUUUGUCUGUCAUAGUUGACGUGUACCUAUGAUGAAAAUUACAGGCCUCUCUCAUCUUUUUAAGUGGGAGAACUUGCACAAUUGGUGGCUGACUAAAUACUUUUUUUCCCCACUGUAUGUGUUUCUGCCCAAGCACUAACACACUUGAUUAAACUAAUCAACUCAUCAUGAAUAGUGGAAUCAGGUGUGUUCAUGCUAGGGCUACAACUACAACGUGCUCCACUUUGGGUUCCCAGGACCAGGAUGAAGACACACUGAUAUAAAGUGUGUUGUAACUGACUCGAUGUAAAAUGCUAUUUAAAUAAAUCUGACUUGACUUGACUAGGUGAUGGGGGUGCCGGUGGUGGUGAGCGAUAGCAGUGGGGCCAGAAACCUCCGCAGCCUCCUCAAGAUGCCCGCGCUCCUCACACAGUCCUUCUGCGACGAGCUGCACAGGAAGAAGAAAGCCGUGUCCUUCUUUGAUGACGUCACCGUCUUCCUGUUCGACCAGGUCAGUCACUCUGCUAGCAUAGUGACAUCACUAUGGUCAAUGGAUGGCAAUACUUCAUACUGGAUAAAAAAGGCCCCACGCUUUAUAGAGCAUUCAUAGUCUUUAUAACCACUGCAUAGAUGCAUCACAAAUCAUUUAUAAGCAGUCACACAACAUAAAAGUGAUGUUUAAAGUUGGGCCAGUUUAAUUAUUGUUCUCUAUACUGGUAGAUGUAAGACUUUCUAACUGAUUUCUAUUUAACCUCCAGGAGAGCCCCACAGGAGAGCUGGCUGACUUCACGUUUCCCCCAGGAGCAGAGUUCAGCGGCCAGGCCUCGGGCGGGGAGAACCCACAACCGGACCUCCAGCCCCACCCCACCAUGGGUCACCACCUCCACCCCCCGGAGAGGGCACCACACGCCUCAGAGGACUCUGAUGGCAACAUGUCAGAAGAAGGUAAGAGUGAAAAAUACUUUCAGAUAGAAGAACAGUAAGAGACCAAGAGGAUAAAGAAUGGAUCCCUGAGGGAAUCCACAAGCUAUAGUCAGGUAUGCUGUAUCAGUUCUAAACCCCUCUCCUGUGUGUGUGUGUGUGUGUGUGUGUGUGUGUGUGUGUGUGUGUGUGUGUGUGUGUGUGUGUGUGUGUGUGUGUGUGUGUGUGUGUGUGUGUGUGUGUGUGUGUGUGUGUGUGUGUGUGUGUGUGUGUGUGUGUGUGUGUGUGUGUGUAUUCAGGUGGAGGGUUUGAGUGGGAGGAUGACAUCCCAUUGAUGACCAGCCCGUUGUCCAGCCCGUCUACAGCUGAGCCACCGGUCUCCGAUCCCAUCCCGGUCGCCAUCCCUGUCCCGGUCCCUGCUGUCAAGCCUCCCGAGGACAAGCCGGUAGCAGUAGCAGCAGCAUCACAGUUCCCCCGUUUCAGCGUGUCCCGCUCCCGCUUCUCCAUCACACACGUCCCCAACCCAGACAUCAACUCAGCCGGAGGUCAGUCCUGGUAAACACUCCCCUGGUACUGUAGUACUGUAGUAGUCACUAGUGUCCUGUUCACACUACUGAGCCCAGCCUAGCUGUACUGGGCUGACCUGGUUACGCAUCCACCAUAGCUGCUGGAACUGUGCUGGAGUGGACAAUGUACUGUCAAAAGAAAGGCCAGUACAGUUUGGGUCGACACGAUACUGUGAAAAGGGAAAAUGUCACAUCUGUGCUAACAAAUCUUCUCCUCUUGUCCCACAGGGAGCAUUGAAGAAGGAGAGAGGGAUUGGAAAAAGGAGUGA